AUGUCUGGAAGCGCAACUUCCACGUGCAACAGUGGUGUUGAUGGACCCUCAGGCAAGGAGCCCAAAGUCGAAGUUGGGAAGGACAGUUCUGACAGCCUCAUUAUCUACUCUUUGGCAGAUUUUGUGUUCGUCACUGUGGGCAAGGACAAGGUGAAAUUCGGUAUCCAUAAGAAAGUCUUGGUUUCGAAAUGCCCGUUCUUCGACAAGUGCCUUGGUGCAGGUAUGAGAGAAGCAGACGAGAACGCAGUCACCCUUCCAGAUGAUGACCCGGAAGCUUUCGACGUGGUCGUCGAGUGGAUGUAUACUGGCCGCUUGGACUGUUUUGGAAAAAGGGGAGAUUUCCUCGUCCAAGCAUACAUUCUCGCCGACAAGUACAGCAUGCCGGUUCUUCAGAAUGCAAUUGCCGACGUCUUUAGGGCUGGUCACCAUCCGAAUUUGAGAAAAGCCUUACGAGAAUAUGGGAGGCUGCCAGAGAACUCUCCCCUUCGCCAACUGCUUGUGGAUAAGGUGCAUUUUCAGAUCAGAAAGUUUCCAGAACAAUACAAACUGGACAGCGUACUAAAGCUGGAUGCAGCUGCGGCAACUUUGGAGGAGGUUAUUCAGACAAAUGCUCCAUUGACGACUGCGUUGAUAUGGAAGUUGUUUGAUUCUUACCGCUAUGUCGGGGUUCCUACCAAUCCAGCUUCGCUCGUUGGUUGCCAUUACCAUAUCCACCAAGGCGGAAGGAAAUGCAAAUGA